GCCGAGCGCCCUGGGGCCCGGCCCGCUGGGAGGGUCUCGGCCGCUGCGCCCCGGGACACAGGCGGUGGCCCGGCAGCUUCGCGGGAGAAGAGGUCGUGGCGACCCUGUGGACCCUCCUCUCCUGGCAGGCUCACGCCCACUUGCCCCUCCCCCCCCAGGCCCUCCUUCUGGGCCUGGUACCCUGACCCUCACCUUCCUCCCCCACGAGGGGAAGCUGCCACCUGAGCGGGAAGGACAGGAGCUGAACCACUCUUUGGUGAUUUGACAGUUCAGAAACCUCCUCACUGGGAGUCUGAGCUCUCUACAGCCGUGCAACCACGGGAACACGGUGAACACGGGGAGACCAGUGGCUGUCCUUCCCCCAGCUAUGCUACGUGACUCUUCACAGCCCGAGGCUGACGCGAACAUCUCAUGAUCUCUGUCAUUGUGCUGAGGCAGCUGGAGUAACCCCCACUGCAAGCUUCACUUUGGGGACACACGAAUCCGUGAUCGUGAACGGCUUGCUUCCGAAGCUCUUGGGCCCUCUCGUUAAGUUGCACCUGUUUGGGCAAGUCUGUGCCUAGGUUGCCGGCCACGCUUUUCUUGGAAAGGACUGUGGGGCUUGUUUUCCACAUCGAGAAGGAAACUAUCCGCGAAGUCACCCUGAGCUUACACUCACACAGUCAUUCUUUUUAACCUGCGGAGACGCAUACGCACACCUGAUCCCGUCGGCACCUGUUGACAGCCUUUUGCGGCAAAUAACACCUCGCUUCCCGCGCAGAGAAGACGGAAGGCCGAAGCAGGAACGCGGGACGGGGAAGAGACGCUUGCGGGGGGCCUCGGUGUGAGCCCGGGGCCCAUGGCUUGGGGGCGGGUCCUUCCGCGCCUCCCCCUGCAGCUGCGCGGACCGAGGCCCGGGAAGCAUGAGUGACCCCCCCCCCCCGCGCCCCCGGCUCACCCGGCACCGGAUUCUGAGCCGCCUCUCUGGACUCCAGCCUGGCGUGCCGUUUCUCCGUGGCCGCGUGCGCCAGCAGAGUUGCGGUGACCCCCCUCUUUCCUCCCAGGAUGUGAAACGGGCAGAGAAAUAAAGAGUCGCCUUUCCGCACGUCCCUCCCCGCCUGCUAGAAUGUUUCUCAUGAACGCCCCUCCUGUGGUUGCUCUCCAGUCGAAAUGGGAGGCCUUUGGCACGCCCGGGGGCUUUAGGUUUCCCGGGGGCUUCGCAGAGCCGCACGAGGGCGUCGCGAGGGCUUCGGUGAGUGCCCGAGUGCAGAUGGUCAUUAGCACGCUGCAGAGCCACGAGGCCGCUCUGGGCAUGAGCAAUGAGCUUGCCCUGCAGAGAAGCCAGAGGGCAGACAGAGGCCGGGACGCCAGGCUGGCCGCCAACCCCGCGUUUGCCGCCUGUGGGCUUGCUGCCGAUUUUGGCCCCUCCAGGGAGGAGGAAGCUGCAGCCUUCGGCCCCCUGGUGCUGGAUUCGGACAGCGACGAUUCCGUGGACCGGGACAUCGAAGAAGCCAUCCAGGAGUACCUAAAGGCCAAGGGCGGGGCCGCCCAGCCGUCCGGGGCCGCGGACGGGGGGAGGCGGUGCAGACCAGAGGUUCCCCGGAGUAGCGCCCCGACGGCCCCGUGUCCCCCGAAGCUGGCACCCAGCUCAGGGGGCGCCCCUGGCAGCCACGUGCAAGCCGGCCGGGACCAGGGCUCCGCCUCCCCGGCGAGCGUUAGCAGCGAUGACUCCUUCGAGCAGAGCAUCCAGGCAGAGAUAGAGCAGUUUCUGAACGAGAAGAGACAACACGAGACCCCAAGAGGUGACGUUUCCGUGGACGCAAAACCAGACCCCGGCGAUAAUCCGGCCAGACCGGCGUUUAGGUCCAGCAAAGAGCUGGCGGUCAGGGCACACCAUGCACCGGGUGUGACCGGAGCCUGCAGGGAGUUUGUCUUCCGGAAACCCCCCAGGCCGUCGAGGGUGAGCACGCGGCCCCGAGGCCUCAGGUCUAAGGCGGAUGUGGAGCCUGCAGAAGCAGCCCAGAAUAAAGGUACCAUCAGGAGGAGCACGGGCCCCGGAAGGAGGGCGAAGCGACCCAAGAGCACGGCCCCGGUGCCCGAGGCGUCCGGCUCCAGCAGUGACGAUGGCAUCGAGGAGGCCAUCCAGCUGUACCAGCUGGAGAAAAGGAAGGAGGCGAGCGGAGACCCGCCGCAGAGAGCGCCCUUCGCGGAGGGGAGGGGGCCCGACCCUCCCCCACGCGGCACAAGCCACUCCACAAAAAGUGCCUUGCCCGAAACCCACAGGAAAGCACCAAGCAGGAAGAAGCCGGCGGCCCCGAAGGCCGUGGACCUCCGCCCAGGUGGCCCUGCCCCUGACCCCCCCUCCAGGCCCCCCAGGGAACCCAGAGCUGCCGAAGACGAGCUUGCCGAACGGCCGCCGUGCGGGGCAGAAACAUCCGCCGAGCUGAUGUGCGCGGAAGCGAUCCUGGACAUUUCCAAAACGAUCCUGCCAGCCCCCGUGGGGGGCGGCGAGAGCCCCCCGCCUGCCAGCCCGCUCUCCUACCCCCUAGCCCUGCCUGCCCGCUCCGACGGGGACAGCAGCUCCGUGGACAGCAAUGACAGCAUCGAGCAGGAGAUCCGGACGUUCCUGGCUCUGAAGGCUCAGUCGGGGGGUUGGCUGGCCACAACGGAGAGCCGCCCACAGUCCACACAGAGCCCACCGCCGUCGCCUGGCCCCGGGGUCCCUGUCUCCAAAACGCUGGGCCUGUCGCUGAGCUGCAAAAGGAAACGCAGGGGAGGCAGCAACGCUGUGCGGCCGUCCACACCCAAGAAAACAAGAGAGACGGUGCAGGAGGGGGCCCAGGCCGCAGACCACGGCCCCGGGAACGCGCAGCCCGGCCGGGCCCCCAGGACGGAGGGCGAGACCAGGGGCCAGCCCCUCUCCUGCAGGCCGCUGGAGCUGGGCGAGCAGCACGGUGGCCCGGACGCGAGGGGUGGCGUGUGGCCCGGCCACGGGAAGGCGGCCGCGGUGAGGAGCACCGGGGGGAAGGGGAGCUCGGAGGACAAGAGCAGCUCGCUGGACAGCGACGAGGACCUGGACACCGCCAUCAAGGACCUGCUUCGGUCCAGGCGCAGGCUCAGGAGGAGGUGGAAGGACCCCAGGGCCGCGUGCAAGAGGAAGGUCAGGUUCAGCACCACCGAGACCCAGUGCGUGGAUAAACUCGGGGGCUACCAGAAGGACUGGAAAGACAAGAGCCCUCCUCUGUUGAAGAGUUGCCUCUCCAAACCCAAAAAAGACAGCAGAGAGAAUCAGGUGAAAACAACUUUGAGCGUCUCCUGCAGGGAAACGGAGAGAACGCGGGCAGACGGCACGGGGACCGCGGACGCGCCCCCGGUCCUCCAGUCAAGGAGAAAAGCGCCCGAAGGGAACUCGUUCUGCGGUGACACAGAAGCCUGUGAACUUCAAGGUGCAGGCCCCAGCCCCGGGCCCCUGCCCGAUGACAGCAGCUCCGUGGACAGCGAUGACAGCAUCGAGCUGGAGAUUAGAAGGUUUUUGGCGGAAAAGGCCAAGGAGUCCGGGAGCGGUUCAGAGGCCCUAGGAGGGGGCCCCGCCGCCCCGGGCUCACGGAGCAUGCCCAGGCCCGAGCUGCCGUGCCAGAAGGUGUCCACUCCCGCCCUGGCCCUUCAGCCCAGUGUGUGCACACAGAGCCAGCGGGGCAGGGGUGGCCCUGGGGGCACGGGGAGGGCCUUCCUUCCAGGCGGGAGGAGCGGCCCCCUGGCGGAGCAGGCCUGCCUCCCUGCGGCCCUGGCCAGGCGCACCGGCACGGCCGGGGCCCUGUCCGCCAGAGGGUCGGCUGCCGGUCGGAGACUCGUUUGCGCUCACAGAGAUCAGAGCCCGCGAGGGGCCGGGGGUGCCAGAGAGCGUGCUCUUGGCCCGCCGCCCUCUCACGUUGAAGCUGGCGUCCGGACGGAAAGCCCCGGUGCGGCCUUUGCUGUGACCACACGGGGCCGGAGCCCGCGGACUCGCAAGCCGGGAGCGGAUGGCCUGGGGGGCCCCCAGACCGGCCUCGCCCUCCCGUGGGCCGACUUCGCCCACCAGAGUCGGCUGCAGAGCGCGUGGGCGCUGAGCCCAGAGGGCAGAGAGGCCGUGUGGAGAGGGGGCCUCGGGGGCCAGAGAGACCAGGGGCUGGAGGGCCAGGACCCCAAGAAAGGCCUGCCCUUCGCGGGCUUCUCCUCACUGCUGUCCACACAGUUAUUCCACUUCGGGAAGAGUGUCUCCUGGGGGGAGAAGCAGGCGGGAGUCUUUGGCCCGCCCCUGAGUCUGCCCCUGCAGGGCCCGUCCUUCUCGGCCUUCAGAGACACGCCGGCUGGCCGCAGCCCCGUGUCCGGAGGCUCGCGCCUGCUCACGAAGAAGGAAGGCGGACGCUGGCCCAGCCGGAAGUCACAGUCUGCGUGCACCCUGCACGCCAGGAGGAACUCGGGCUCUGAGGACGACGGUUUGGACCUGAGGUACAGGCGGAGGGCCGUCGGUGGAGAGGACGAGGCCCGGGAGGCCGUGGGCAGUGACUCGAGCGAGCUCAGCGACACGUCCGUGGAGGAGGGCGGCGGCCCGGAGGCCAAGGGCAAAGCCCUCCAGCCCUGAGGACGCGUGCUGGCUCUGUGUCCUUGUGGGAAGCACGUCUGUGUGCGCCCGCUGCUCGCGAGCCUGGGCCCGGAACGGGAAGGCUCCCUGCGCAGCCCCGUAGACGGGUAGGCCGGCCGGGAGCGGUGGUGUUAUUUAACAGAUGUGUCCUGGAAAAUAGGGUUUUUGUAGCCUUUUUGUAAAUUAUUUAAAGUACUGUAAAAAGUAUUUUUGGAAAAUGCUGUUGUUUGGUUUUGUAGGGCAUUCCUAACUGCCGCUUUCUGUGGUCUGCGUGCGAGGCUUAGAUUAGCGGCCACUUGGCUUGGCCGUCACAGCCAGGGCUCAGGUGACCCUGACCGCCAGUGUGGCCGCUGGAAGGGUCUGGCCGUGCCUGGGAAGGCAGCGGUGGACGCCCGCCCCGAGCGUCCCAGAAGCGCCCCCGGAGGCCUCCGUCGGGAAGCUACUGGACAGCUCUUGUGACCUGAAGGCCGCCGGUCCCGCGAGGCCAGGGCGAGUCCUCUGAGCGCUGCGGUCGCCGCCUCCGCGGGAGAACAUUUCAAAGCACAACGGCCAGCGGGCGGACGGACCGGCACCCGAGCCUGUGUUGUUUAACGUCCAGCCCCGUUCAAUUCCUGUGUGAUUCUAACAGCCCAAUAAAGCCCUUUUCGU